AAAACAAACUCCCAGAAAAAAAACUCGGAAAAGCUCCAGGCCCGACCCGGAGAGCGACGCCCGUCUCCCCCACCGCCACCAUGGCACGCGCCGCCGCGGCCAUCCUGCCGCUGCUGCUGCUCCUUGCCGUGGCGGGCGGCGCCCUGGCCGCGUCCGCGGACAUGUCCAUCAUCGCCUACAACGCGGAGCACGGGGCGCGCGGGCUGGAGCGCACGGAGGCGGAGGCCCGGGCCGUCUACGACCUCUGGCUGGCCGAGAACGGCGGGGGCUCCUCCCCCAACGCCAACUCCAUCCCGGAGCGCGAGCGCCGGUUCCGCGCCUUCUGGGACAACCUGAACUUCGUCGACGCCCACAACGCGCGCGCCGCGGCCGGGGAGGAAGGGUACCGCCUCGGCAUGAACCGCUUCGCCGAUCUCACCAACGACGAGUUCCGCGCCGCCUACCUCGGGGUCAAGGCCCAGAGGGCGAGGCCCGGCCGCGUAGUGGGGGAGAGGUACCGCCACGAUGGGGCCGAGGAGCUGCCCGAGGCCGUCGACUGGAGGGAGAAGGGCGCCGUCGCCCCCGUCAAGAACCAGGGCCAAUGCGGGAGUUGCUGGGCUUUUUCUGCAGUCAGCACAGUAGAGAGCAUCAACCAAAUUGUCACCGGUGAGAUGGUGACAUUAUCGGAGCAGGAGCUUGUGGAGUGUGACACCAACGGGCAGAGCAGUGGCUGCAAUGGGGGUCUUAUGGAUGACGCCUUUGAGUUCAUCAUCAAGAACGGUGGCAUUGAUACCGAAGAUGACUACCCUUACAAAGCCAUUGAUGGCAGAUGUGAUGUUCUCAGGAAAAAUGCGAAGGUGGUGAGCAUUGAUGGCUUUGAAGAUGUCCCUGAAAAUGAUGAGAAAUCGCUGCAGAAGGCGGUUGCUCACCAGCCCGUGAGUGUCGCCAUUGAAGCUGGAGGCCGGGAGUUCCAGCUCUACCACUCGGGUGUCUUCAGUGGAAGGUGUGGCACGCAACUUGACCAUGGUGUGGUUGCUGUUGGCUACGGCACUGAGAACGGCAAGGACUACUGGAUCGUCCGCAACUCAUGGGGUCCAAACUGGGGAGAAUCUGGGUACCUCCGCAUGGAGCGCAACAUCAACGUGACCAGUGGGAAGUGCGGGAUAGCCAUGAUGUCAUCGUACCCCACCAAGAAGGGCGCUAACCCGCCCAAGCCAGCCCCAACACCUCCCUCACCGCCGACGCCACCUCCCCCAGUCGCCCCUGACCAUGUCUGCGACGAGAACUUCUCAUGCCCUGCAGGCAGCACCUGCUGCUGCUCGUUCGGCUUCAGGAACCUUUGCCUGGUGUGGGGCUGCUGCCCGGCCGAAGGCGCAACCUGCUGCAAGGAUCACUCCAGCUGCUGCCCACCGGACUACCCCGUCUGCAACAUCAGGGCUGGGACUUGCUCAGCGACCAAGAACAGCCCGCUGAGCGUGAAGGCCUUGAAGCGCACCCUGGCCAUGCGGAACACGGCAUGAACUCGUCGGGAGACGGCGGUGUCUAAGGUGGAGUAGAAGGAUGCGGCUGCUGGAGCUUUUCUCCCUCCGUGCACCCAACAAGCCUUUGUGCAAAAUUUGAACCAGACAUUGCUUUUGUAGAAUUAUCGUUGCUUAGUAUUACGAUUCUCUAGCAGUUCUGCUCGCUUUAUAUAUCCCCUACUUCUACAUACAUGUACUCAUUGUACAUAGCUCGCCCCCAUUUGUACUCGUAUACUAUCUUAAAGAAUAUUCGUCAAAGCUAAUUGGUGAUCAUCGUGUA